AUGAAGGAGGUCGCGAUCUUCGGCGAGGCGAUUACCUUCGGCUUCUCCGUGCUCCGCCGCGACACGCAGUUCCCCGACAUCCUGCUGACGAUGAGCGUGUCCAACGCGGGCGGCCUGGCGGACAUCUUCUGCCGGCCCUUCCGGCAGGACGGCAGCGAGGACCUGCGGCAGGGCCCCUUCAUCAGCGACGCCGUCUGGCGCUCCAACCACACCUCGGGCGCGGACUACGUCUUCAUCUCUCGCAACCACACCGAGUUCAACGCCCAGGUGCGGGCGGCCAACACGCAGUCCGGCGUGCAGCUGUUCUCGGACAUCUGGUGUGCGAUUUGGGCGAUGUCGGACACGCCGGCGAGCGUGGAGCUGGAGCUGGACGUCGUGCACGAGACCCGGAGCCUGGUGGAUCGGGAGACCGACGCGGUGGAGGCGAUCUUCGGGGAGUGCUGCGCCCUGGGGGGGUGCCCCGCCUGGCGGGCGCUGAGCGAGCAGCUCUUCGGGGGCGGCGACGGGACGGAGGCGCCGCUGGACCUGUGCCACGUGCCGGGCAGCGUGUGCGACGCGGAGGGCCACGCGGUGCGGAUCAACAUGGCAGGCUGGGGCCUGGAUUGCGAGAUGCCGGUGGCCGAGUUCAAGAAGUUCCCGCGGCUGCAGAAGCUGGAUGUGAGCCACAACGCGCUGAGGGGGGACGUCGAGGACAUCCUGGCGGGGCUGACGUCUCUUCGGAAUCUGAACGAGUUCCGCGCUACGGACAAUCUCAUCGAUGGCCGCAUCAAUUCAGUGCCGGUAUGCCGCUUCGCCAGGAGGAAUAUGACCGUCCUGAAUCUUGAGCGGAAUGGGCUGAUUGGUGCCCUUCCAGACUGCCUGUUCGACGACUCGACCACCCUGAAGGAGCUCCACUUGGGCGGCAACAGCCUGUCUUCCACCAUACCCGAUGUCAUCACUUUGAACUCCACCCUGGAGGUGAUAUCCUUGGAAGACUGCCGACUCGAAGGCAAGGUCCCAAAGUCGCUUGCGAAUCUGACGAAACUGAUGUCGCUCGAUUUGCGGCAAAAUGACCUGACAGGCAAGCUUGACGAUGACCUGUUCGGCUCCAACGUCCUCCGCAUCGUUAGCCUUCAGGGCAACAGGCUCACUGGGAAGGUGCCCUCCAGCAUUGCCCAAGGCGACAUCAUGAGGGUGGUGGCGCUGGAUGGCAACAGGUUCAGCAAACUCCCUGACGAGUGGAUGGACGGGGAGGGGGCACGGUUGUCAACGAACUUGAGGGAGCUGAGGCUGAGCGAAAACAAAUUGAAGGGUGGCUUCCCUCUGGUGCUGGCCCAGCUGCCUGAACUCAGAGUCCUUGAUAUCAGCGACAACAGUUUUGGCGGACCGCUCCCCGCUGAGGAAAACCUGUUCGUGAAGACGUGGUGGAUACAGAUGGCGAAUAACUCGUUCAGCGGGCCCAUCCCGGAUGAGUGGGAGUCAGUGGGCAUCGUGACUAGAACGGCUUUGGACACUGGUCGCCUUCCGUUUGUGGACUUAAGCAACAACAAUUUGACGGGUGACGUCCCGGAAUUCAUCUUGGACGGGACAAAUUUCCCUCCAGGAACAGCAGUGGUCCUAUCUGGAAAUGACUUCACAUGCCCUGGCAAUGUGUCAAUCCCACCCCACCUGCAAGGCCUUGAUUGCCGAAAAUAG